AUGUCGGAGAAUGCACAGCUGCAGGCGACUGCGGCGGUGAAUGAGUUGCUGGGUACAUUGUUGCCCGGGGCAAAGAAAAUAAGUGUCAGCGAUGGAGGUCGGUCUCAGGGUAGAGGAAGUCAUAGGGGCUCGAAGGCCAAACUGAUAGAUCGUAAUUUGAAGAGGAUGGUUGAGUUGCGGGAGCGCGAUGAGGUAGCUUUGAAGAAACGUCAGAAAAAAAAGAAAAUACGUGCCAUUAAGUGUAGUAGAGCCAGUAGAGAGGAGAUAGAGCAGGCAGCUAAAUUGAGAGUGCUGGAGGAGCAUAGGAAGCGCGGGAAUCUGUCGGCGAAGGAGCGAAAGUAUCUGAAUAAGCUUGCGGAGAGGAAUGCCAGAAAUGUUGACGCCUGGGAGCUGGAAGAUGAAGAAAAGGAGGAAUUGCGGGAGUUGCAGCAGCGUAUUAUCGGUCAGAUCUCGGCUGACCGUCCAACGCGGGGCCAGGCUCGGAGGAAGAAGAUUAAAACGUUCAAGGAAGAGAUUAAACCUGUAGCCGACCGCAGAUAUCCCGGCUUGACGCCGGGCCUCGCGCCUGUGGGUCUCAGCGAUGAAGAGGAGAGCAGCGAUGAAGAUUAG